CCAACGCUAACCCAGGAUAUAAACGUAACUAGGCUUUUAGGUUUUCCUCAGCAGGCGAUAAAGAGUGAGUUUGUGUGUGUGGGGGAAAGAAGGCUUAAGAUUUUCCGUUUGCCGCCGCCAACUCCUAUCGCCGUCUCAUUGUUUUCGCAACCAUGAUCAUUCCAGAGAAGAACCGCCGUGAGAUCUCCAAGUACCUCUUCCAAGAGGGAGUUUGCUAUGCAAAGAAAGAUUACAAUCUGGCCAAACACCCAGAAAUCGACGUGCCGAAUCUGCAGGUGAUAAAGCUGAUGCAGAGCUUUAAGUCGAAGGAGUAUGUGCGAGAGACUUUUGCUUGGAUGCAUUACUACUGGUACCUCACCAAUGAUGGUAUCGAGUUUCUUAGGAACUACCUCAACCUUCCUUCUGAGAUCGUCCCUGCUACUUUGAAGAAGCAGGCUAAGCCCGCUGGCAGGUCCUUGGGAGGCCCACCAGGAGAUCGUCCACGUGGUCCACCUCGCUUUGAUGGUGAGCGCAGAUUUGGUGACCGGGAUGGGUACCGUGGAGGUCCCCGCGGUCCUGGUGGUGACUUUGGUGAUAAAGGUGGAGCUCCUGCUGACUACAGGCCUUCUUUCGGGGGUCCUGGUGGAAGACCUGGCUUUGGUCGUGGAGCCGGUGGUUUUGGUGCUGGACCAGCUAGCUCAAAUCAAUCUUAAGGAGUUAAUGGCUGUCAUACUGGUUCAUUUUUUCAGAUUUCAUGUCCCACUAGGGGUUUAAUAGCAGUUUUGUUUUCACCGUCGAAAUGUAAGAGAGUUGUGGAAUUCUGUUUAAAUUUUUUUAUUGUACUUUGGUUUUGUCGAAUUGAAACUUUUAGGGCAAAUUUCUACUUCCAGCGUUUAUAUAUAUCUAAUCAAAUAUGGGUGCUC